GAAUUUAAAAACAAAGUAAAUCUGUAUAGAAAGAAUGAUAAACUGAUGAAAUAUGUUGAUGUUGGUAGGACGAAAACUAGAAUCUUUAAAGCAACUCCCAAAGCAGAAAAACGAGUUUGACUAAAAGAAUCGUUUGAGCCCACAUCAACAAUCUUUAAAGAUUCUAAGUCAACCGAAAGAUGUCACGCAAAAUGGAACAAUCAGCCCAAACGGAAGUUUUCAGCUGUGUGAUUUGUCCCCUUCCGGACAGCCAAGAGGAUAUGAUGCAAUGCCGGAAGUGUUCUGCCUGGGUUCAUUAUUCCUGUGGAGGUGCUGCAAAUGAAUCCGAAGCAAGGAAACUUGACUAUGUGUGUCCCAAAUGUCUCGCGGAAAAGUGCUCGGAAUCAAUGUCCCUGAAAUCCGGAAAUUCUAUAACCAGCCGAAGAUCGGAAGCCCUUGCUCUGAGACUGCAACAGUUGGAGGAAGAAAAGUUACUACGAGAACAACAAAAAAAGGCACAGCGCGAACUACAGGAGAAACGCCGGAUGUUACUGGAGCAGGAGGAACAGUUACAAAAGGAACAAAACCGAGAAGCUUUAGAAUAUCUGCAAAACAAACAUUCAUUGGAACGACAAUUGGAAGAAGAAUCUAGCAACGCAAGUCGAGUGAGCAUUCAUAGUCUGCGAAUCCCAAGUAAAGUAGAGGAUUGGUUGAAGGAAAACGAAAGUGUGUGUGAUGUCGAUCCAGUUCAGGAGAAGCUGGUGGCUGCCACAGCGUUAGAAAACCAAUUUCAUACGGUCAAAAUUGCAGAGGUCGAGAAGGAGUCUCAAACGAAUGCGUGCUACCGAAAAUCAGCUGAAAAUACAAGUGGUGUUACAAAUUACUAUACUCUUCCCGCCAACGAAUUUGUGAAUCCACCCGCCAAAUCGACGCCUUACCUGUUCUUGGGACGAAAUACAGAUUUUCGAGUAGCACAAGAAGCAGCUGGAAGUGCAAAUCCAAUAGAGGUUACUGUACAGAAACGUGAAAAUUAUGAAUCGCCGAGCACAAGUCGGGUGCCACAACAAGCAACUUCAAAGGGGAUCCAACCAGUUGGGUGUGAAGUUCUUCAAGAAGAGUGCUAUGUUAAAUCAGGAAGAAUUGUGCUUUCGCCCGAUCAAAUUGCCGCCCGUCAAGUCAUGUCCAAAGAUCUUCCGUUAUUUUGGGGUAGCCCUGAGGAGUGGCCCAUUUUUUACAGCCAUUAUAAAAUGACGACUGAAGCGUGUGGGUAUACUGAUGUUGAAAAUUUAGCGAGGCUUCAACGAAGUUUAAAAGGCAUCGCUCUGGAUUCGGUUCGUAGCCGGUUGUUGAUUCCAUCAUCGGUAGGGUCCAUCAUCAAAUCACUGAAGAUGUUGUUCGGUAAGCCAGAAUUAAUUAUUUAUUCAUUGAUUAAGAAGGUAAGGGAAACGCCACCACCAAAACCGGAAAGGUUGGAUAUGCUUAUUAUGUUCGGCAUGGCAGUAGUAAAUAUGUGUGAUCACAUGGUCGCCACUGAACAAAGCGAUCAUCUUUCGAAUCCAAUUUUGCUACAGGAGCUUAUCGAAAAAUUACCUGUUGCCAACAAAACGGAUUGGGUACGUUAUCGUUCUAGUUUGCCGUCAGUAAAUCUGAAAGAUUUUGGAAGAUUUAUGGAACGAACCAUACACGAAGCAAGCUCAGUUGUUUUACACGUACUUCCUCAAUCUAGAAAAUCUACAGCCGAAUGGAUGCAACGUGAUAGAUCGUAUGUCAACUUUCAUGGAAAAUCGUGGAAUCAAUCAAAAGAUAUGGAGUCAACGAUAGCGGAUGAUGACAUGAGUGUUUGCAACCAUUGUCAGCGUGGAGAACAUAAGGCAGAAAGUUGUGAUUGGUUCAAAAGCUUAUCGACUGCCGAACGGUGGAAAGUGAUCCACAAAAUGCAAUGGUGCAAAACGUGUUUAGGACAACAUGGUAAAAUCGAUGGAAGAUGGUUAUGCCCAAGUCAUCGGCGCUGUAAUGAAAACGGAUGUCAGAGGCAACAUCAUGAGCUUCUACAUACAAAUACUGAACUGUAA